UUUCGGCAAAGCGCUCAUCGACACCUGCUACUCACAUCGGAGAUGUUCGGUUAUGCUCAACAUCCAACAACAGUAGGUGACCCUGCCCCUACGCGUACUCUUCCCAUCUCUUCCGAUUUCCUCCUCAAAUCCAAUCACAAACAAAUCCACGGCACAAAUCGGCGACCUCGAUGAUACCGCGGUCCAAACUCGGCAUGUCACAAGAAACAAAACACUUUUUUCGAGUCAGAGCAACGUUCAUGUGUGUGUGUCUCUCUCGGGCCAGAGGGACAAGCCUCGGUUGUGGCAGACUCGCAGCGGUGCCUUUCCCCAGAUCGGCGUUUUGCGGAGAAGAAGAGGCGCGCACAUGCAAAUGUCAAAGCCGCUGCCCCGCGACGUCAUGCUCGCAAAUAAUUGUCACGGCGAGGGCGUGUUUGCCAAUGCGAUUGAGAGAGUUAUGUGUGCUUGAGCCAGAAGAGAAACGAGCAGCUGGACAGAUCAAGUAAAGUAUCAUCUAUGAAUCGAGAAAGAGGGAGAGGAACCAAGCUGUUCGGCAUUCUUUGGAACGAGAAGUUUAAACAUGGCAGUUUGAGCCUCUAGAAGCUGUUGCUCUGUCCAAUACCGAGGUGAU